CUUAUGAAUGGUGGUCAAUUCCGUUGCCUUGGAAACCACGUGCAACAAACACAUUUCCCGCAUUGGCGCUCUUCGAUUCAUUCAAUCGAAAAGCAUUUGCUGCACAUUCUUCGAAUAGUGCAGCUUUUGGGUAGUGCAGAUAAAGGUAGUAGGUAGUCGUAAAAUCUUGAAAAACUCGCGAUUUCUUGGCCAUAUUGCAAUCCGAAAUACCGCAUAUUGAUGGCUGAAGACAACUCCUGGGUGUUCGAUUCGCUGGUAUGCUUCCUGCAUGGUCCUGUAUGGAAUGCACCACUCCAAACAUUCAUCGAGGAUAAAUCGAUAAUUUUCGAUCCGAACGUGAAACCCGACGAGAGCAAUCCAGAGUUCCGGAAGGUUCACGAUGAGUACAAAAAUCUGGUCGACUACAUGCUCGGUUCGUUCAUGGAGGAAAUGCAAAUCACGCCGGAACAGUUUGAGUUCGCCUGUUUGGAGGGUCGCAAUUCGGCGGUCAUGGCCCAGUCCCCGGCGCACAAGAAUGGUGGUGAGAAGGGAAACUCGACGACGGCAUCGUCAUUCUCCUUCCAUCAGGGAUUGUUUCAACAGAUUUGGGCGGCCAAUGAUAUUAGGAUUUUCAUCCGCAUGAUGACGCAACGAAACGUGGAGAUACAAUUACAGGCACUGGAUUUGAUCGAACGAAGACAGGCCUCUCAAUCGUCGGUUGAAAAGGAGGAGACAGCAGGGUCGCAUCAACUGACCGCCGAGGAAGGGGAGGGACGUAAGGAGCCCAUUGGACUGGCCGAGGACAUUGGUGAUCCGGUUACUGAACAGGAAAUUGAGCAGAAUAUCAUCAAAUCUGUCGACGAUGAAGUGAAAGAAACGCUCAUCAUUGACGGUCCCGUGGAUGAUGUACAGGAGACCAAUGAUAAAUUUCAACGCUUAAAUUUAUUUUUCGAUCAGGAAAGGAUCAACACCGCCGACAUGCGCGCUCGGCAGGAAUACCUCCGCACACAGCGGGACAAGAUCCUGCAAAUCAAGAAGCAAGCCCGUGCCCGACAACUGAACGAGUCGAUCAAGAAGAAUGAUCAAAGACCACCGUCCGCGCAGGUGGCCCAGAAGAUUUUGGAGUCCGAUUCAGCCGGCGGUGGACCUGUUGUCCCUUCGGACCCGCCGGAAUCUUCGCUGCAGUUGCGUAAAAUGCUCGCCCAGCGGCUACGUACCGAAGUCAUUGAGGAUAAGUAGAACUGAUCGAUGACAAAAUUUUUGCUAAAUGUUUUCGGUAAUCGUGGCCUUGCAUCAUAUAAAGUGCACCAGAAUACCUUCCUAUUCAAAUUAAAAGCAAUUGUGCGGUUUGUGAUAUUAUCUGCUUAUAAUGAGGUUCAAUAAAAAAAGCAUGCAUAAAAUGUGCGAAAAGGCGGCAGUGAUACAAUUCGAAAUCCAAACGAAAGUGUAUUUUUUUUUAUUUUAUCAGAUGAUGUUUUUAAUUCUCUUCCUCCAUUAAAAUGCUUAAGAUUUUACUAAAUUGUCAAACGUGUUUGUUCAGCCAGAGUCACAUAACUGGUAUCAACCAACAUCGAAUACUUCGAAUCGAAUGACCUCACCGUUUGGGAGAGAUGUUUCCAUUUUGGGUAUGGAUGUAAAUGGGUGCGUAUGCGUGUGUAUGUGUCUAUGUUUUUAUCAAAAGAAUGCACAGAUAAUUGUUUCGUAUUGUUUCGAACUUGUCACUUGUAUUUUUCAUGUUUCUGUCAAUCACGGUUUGAUCUAUUUUCUUUCUGUGUUGUAUAAUUGUCCUAUUAGUUAUUUAAUGGUAUUCCAAUUAUCGUGUGAAGUUAUUUUGCUGUGUUCUGACUUUAUGUUCUUCAUUUAGUUGGUUUGCUUUCCAAAUUUGGAUCCGCUUAUGUUGUUAUCAUUCAUCUACUAAAAUUGUUACGCGAGUGGCAUUCUUGAUUUUGCAUUGAUUCUACGUUUGCUUGCGACGGUUUUUCUUCUCUAGUAAGCUUGUUUUGUAUCAUUUUCUAAGACAACCGAAAUAAAUUUUCAUCCAAGAUGGAGGCGUUCAGUUUGACAGUGACAACUCAAUGCGAACUGAGCUGUCAAACUGAAUAACCUUUCUAAUUGAUGCAUUGAUGAAGUUCUGUAGUUAGUGGUAGUUUGUGUAAACAAUCACAAGUUGUGUGGCAUCUGUUUGCUAACCCUUCAAACACUCAAAGCGCGGUGCAUACUUCUAUUGAAUCAAGAGUGGCUGACGUUUUAGUUUGUCGUUUUGCAGCUUAACAUUAGUAAAAAUACUGAUGGCCUACUACGCUUAAUUAAGGGUUUGC